AUGGUGUCUCCAUGUUCAUCGCCGAGGAGCUUCAACCAUCCGGAGUACACGUCUCGAUACAUAUUUGACGCUUGUUCCCGACGUCCAACCUGUUCAUACGUGAUUGCAAGAUUGCUUUGCAAGCCAGGUGCCAUACGAGGUACUGUAACAAAACUUGCCAGCACGACCACUGGCGCCGCGGCCACAAGCAGAUCUGCAAGAAGAUACACCGCGGCGGCAACGCAGAACAAUACUACGCCGACAAAAAAUACAAAGAGGCCGUCGCGGAGGCCGUCGAGAAGUGCGCGGACGACACGAAGGGCCAGACGUGCUUCAUCUGCACGCAGGCCCUCCACUGGAAGACAAAGGAGGGUCUCGUGCGCGGGUGCUCGUGCCGCGGGACGGCGGGUUUCGCGCACGUGUCGUGUUUGGCGGAGCAGGCGAAGAUUUUGGUCGCGGAGGCUGAGGAGAACAAUUUGGACUACAAGGUCCUGAAUGAGAGGUAUCAACGGUGGCACAGGUGCAGUCUGUGCGAGCAAUACUACCACGGCGUCGUGGCGUGCGCGCUCGGGUGGGCGGCCUGGAAGACGUACGUGGGGCGGCCGGAAACAGAUUCUCUUCGGUACACGGCGGUAAAACAGCUUGGGGGCGGUCUAUCCGAAGGAGGUCACUACGAGGCGGCGGCGUCCGUACAAGAGGCCGAUUUGUCUAGGAUGCGGCGCAUUGGCGCACCAGAAGGACACUUACUCCUCGCGCAGACCAAUCUUGCAGUUAUGUAUGGAGAGCUAGGAGACCUUGAGAGGGCCCUAAGCAUGGAGCAAGAUGUAUACUCUGGAUGGCUGAAGCUCAAUGGUAUACAACACAUCAAUACCCUCCGAGCGGCAAUAAACUACGCGUCGUCCCUUGUUGCUCUCCAGCGCUUUGAAGAGGCAAAAUUACUGAUGCGCAAAAGCCUGCCCGUGGCGCGACGCGCCCUCGGAGAGAGUGAUGAAAUCACGCUCAAGAUGAGGUGGAUGUACGCGCUGGCGCUCUACAGAGACUCCGGCGCCACGUUCGACGACCUCCGCGAGGCCGUUGAGACGCUCGAGGAGACGGAACGGACCGCGCGACGCGUCUUGGGAGGCGCGCAUCCGAGCGUCGCGGGGAUUGAACGUUCCUUGCGAAGCGCGCAAGCGGUGCUCCGCGCCCGCGAAGAAGGAAAAACAGUGGUCAUAACUUACAAGUAA